GUGUUGAGCUUUGAGCCGGUGUCGUUGCUAUCGGGGGGUUGAUACAUUGAUAGAUAACGAUCUGAUUGACAGUUAGGAAAAUAAUUACUUUUAUUGGUGAAUAGUGGAGAUCGGUACUAAUUUUAUUGAUAUUAAUUAAACGCUGUAAAUAUUUAUUGUGUGUGGUGUGACAAACGAAACAAUGAUAAUUCCAAGCCCGUUUGUUUAUUGGGCCCAAACAGAGAGUACCAUUUCAUUAAAAAUAGAAUUAAAAAAUGUUGUGGAUCCUGAUGUGAAAGUUCUCGAAAAUAAUUUGAAAUUCUCAGCCGAAGGCAUUGGUGCCCGAGGCGAAAGUUUAUACGAAUUUAAAUUGGAUUUAUUUUCACCUGUUAAAAAUGCUGAAAACAAUCAUGUUACAACCGUCCGUGUGUUCGAGAAUCGAGUGGACAUUGUCUUGCAGAAAGAGGAGCCAGCAUGGUGGCCCCGACUGACUGCCCAGCCACAGAAACCAGCAUGGCUAAAGAUAAACUUCGAUUUAUGGAAGGCGGAGGAUGCGGCUGACAGUGAGGACGAGAAACGUGACGUCAUGAAGGACUACCCUGGCAUGUACGACAGGCUACAUAAGGAGGAAUUGGGAUAUAGGAGAGAGGACCUCAAAAAAGUCUACCUGAAGCUAUACAACCUGUUCCAAUUCAUCGGCUACACGUACGUGCUGACUGUGAUGGCGAUCCGGUACGCCAAGCUGGACUACGACUCAGUGGCUGACACCUACGAACACGUUGGGCCGGCCAUGAAGUUCCUGCAGCUACUGCAGUAUUUGGAAGUCAUGCAUCCUUUGUUUGGGUAUACUAGGGGUGGUGUACUGGUGCCUUUCCUACAAGUGAGCGGGCGAGCGUUCGUGUUAUUCGUAAUGAUUGAGGCAGAGCCCCGCAUGCACACGAAACCUGUCGUCUUCUAUUUGUUCGUCAUGUGGAGCAUGAUCGAAGUUGUCAGGUACCCCUACUACAUAUCACAGCUCUACAAGAAGGACUUCUACAUCCUAACCUGGCUGCGCUACACCAUGUGGAUCCCUCUCUACCCAAUAGGCAUCAUCUGUGAAGCCAUAGUCAUUCUCCGUAACAUCCCAUACUUUGAGGAAACUCAGCGGUUCACCGUCUCCUUACCAAAUGAAUGGAACUUUGCUUUCCAUAUGCCAACCUUCCUUAGGGUAUACCUUCUAUUCCUAACGUUCCCUGGAAUGUACUUCGUGAUGAGCCACAUGCACAAACUUCGCACCGUCAAGCUGAAGCCAAAGAUUGUCAUUAAGAAAUCCAAAUAAGUAAGGCUGCAUUCACUAAUAUGUGUUUAAUGUAUAAGGUAUAUGGGGUAAUAGUUGUUAUAGUUCAGUUUAAAAAAGCAUUUAUGGUCGUGGAUAGUAAUUGGGAUGGUUAUUUUAUGUUAAUUAGAUUUAAUAUGGCUUGUUUACGUAAAUAAUUCGAGGAGACUCGACUUGUUUCAAGCAAUUUGGGUUCUUAAUAAGCAGCGGGUAUUGGCCGCCAUUGUUAGCUCUCUUAUGAGCUCCUAUUGUGGCUGGAAACUUGUCGAGCACCCAUCUCGAAUAAAUUACGUGAAUAUGGCACAUAUUAUCUAAUUAAUUUAUGAUACCUCACUCAAUAGUUCUUACAAAUAAAUAUUUUACUUUGCGCGUUUAAUAUUAUGCUCAAAAUCUGUUGUGUCCAUUUAGUUUUUCACCAAAGAUUACAAAUGUAUUGCAAUUAUUUGUCUGUAAACGUGUAUCGGCCAUCUCUCCUGCCAUUUAGCCUUUUUGAAUUAGAAUAGACUUGCUAAGCUUUGUAAAAUAUAGCCAAAAUCAAUAGCCAGUGUUUUAAAUGUUCAGUAUUGUGUAUGUGCGUUUAUUGGGUAAUCUAGUAAAGGUCUACACUCUAUAAUACUGAGGUUAUUAACUAAAAAUCACGGAUUAAUCACGUAAGUACGGCGCGACGUCGCCGCGUCUACGCACGCUGCUCAUGAUGAAGAGUCCCUCUGUGACUCGAAACUAGUAGAGCUUUUCUCCAUUAAUGUACGUGAGUUAACCGUGAUUUUAGUUAAUUUAGUAUGUGUCACGAUAGUUAUUAUGUAAUAUUGGAAAUAAAUACAUAAUUAUUAUUAUUUUAUUGAACAUGUCAAUUUAAAUGUGGUUACAAAUUAGUUUAUUGUGAAAUAAUUAUCUCAAAAAUCAAGUAUAAGGUGCGCAAUUACUUUGAAAGCCUAAAACUAGGCAAUUAUUUACGUCUCAAGUAUAUAAACUUCCAUUUUUUAUAUAAAAUUAGUCAUGGAAACCAUUUAAUUAUGAUAAUACGAUGUCUUAUGUCCCUUUUAGACUUUAAGACAUAAAUUAAUAUAUACUUAGAUAUAAUAAAUGUACAUAGCUGUUGCAUUUAGUGGGUGUCAUUGGAAAUUGAGCUUCAUGUCGAUUGAAUAUGGUUAAUAACAGCUUGUACCACUGAAAUGCAACAUUUUUAUCAUGAAAUAUGGUAUUAAGGAGCUUACAUUAAUAUGAUUUGCGAAAGUAAUUUCAUUUCGGUGAAGUGAUGAAUUUAUUUAAAGUUUUCUUAUUGGUUUAUUGAUAUGGAUAUUAUAAUGUAAUGCUGAAAUGUAUUCAUGUCAGUAAACGAAUAAUGGGAUAUGUAUGAAGUGAUAAUUUAUAAGUAUUUAAUAUUUUAUGUUUACAUUUUUGUAUACUCGAUGGUAUGGUGACAGUAAUAAAUAAUGUUUUGUUAAUAAAA